UUUCCAAUUUCAGUUCCUCUCUUGAACAAAAAAAAAACCACUGAUUUUCUUCAGAACCCUAUCAUUCUCAGCAGUUCAAAGUAAAAAUUAAUCAAAGAAUCAAAUUUCAUUAAUGGGUUCAUCUGCUGAACAAUCCAGGGUUCCUCCAAGUCUUCAAUUGCCUACUUCCCCUGUAACCAAGUUCAAGAUUGCUCUUUGUCAAUUAUCAGUCACUGCUGACAAGGAGCGAAACAUUGCGCAUGCUCGUAAAGCAAUUGAGGAAGCUGUGGAGAAAGGGGCUCAGCUUGUUGUCUUGCCUGAAAUAUGGAAUAGUCCAUAUGCAAAUGAUAGCUUUCCGGUGUACGCUGAGGAUAUUGAUGCUGGUGGUGAUGCGUCUCCUUCAACUGCAAUGUUGUCUGAAGUGGCUCGCAAUCUCAAGGUCACAAUAGUUGGUGGCUCUAUACCAGAACGAUGUGGUGAUAAGUUGUAUAAUGCAUGUUGUCUGUUUGGGAAAGAUGGAAAGUUGCUGGCGAAGCACAGGAAGGUACAUCUAUUUGAUAUUGACAUUCCUGGGAAGAUUACAUUCAUGGAAUCAAAAACUCUGACUGCUGGGGAGAAUCCUACUAUUGUGGAUACAGAUGUUGGACGUAUUGGAAUAGGUAUUUGCUAUGAUAUUAGGUUUCAUGAACUAGCAAUGCUGUAUGCAGCACGAGGUGCACAUUUGAUAUGCUAUCCUGGGGCAUUCAACAUGACAACAGGGCCUUUACAUUGGGAUUUAUUGCAAAGGGCAAGGGCUAUUGAUAAUCAGUUAUAUGUAGCGACUUGUUCUCCUGCUCGAGAUGCUGGUGCAGGUUACGUAGCUUGGGGUCAUUCUACCCUUGUUGGUCCGUUUGGAGAAGUCCUUGCUACGACUGAACAUGAUGAAGCUAUAAUCAUAGGAGAGAUCGACUAUUCACUGAUUGAGCUCAGAAGAACAAACCUUCCGUUAGAGAAGCAAAGGAGGGGAGAUUUGUACCAGUUGGUUGAUGUACAAAGGAAGAAACAACAGGAAACUACUUAAAGAGUUGUUGAAACCAAUGUGAAUGUGUUUUGAUGAAUUGUGCAUGGAAAUAGCACCAUUUCUGGGAACGCUAGUUUUUUCCUUACCAACUUCCAGAAACAUUUUUCACAAAUUGGUUUUUGUGCACCUUGUGUUGUUGCUUAAUUAUACAAGUGUUGUGAGGUUUCAACUGUUUGAGCCGGUUCCGAGGUA